UAGUGAGCAAUCACGUCGCUCGCGAACCGUCUGCCAAAAACCAGAGAAGAAUCACUGGGAGUGGACAGAAGUGCGGAGCAGUCGCCGGCUCUCGUUUUAACAGGCUAAAGAUGCAGACACCAGCGGAGUCCAUCCUCCACAGCGGCUAUUUCCAUCCAACGCUCCGAUACUGGCAGACGUGCGCCACCGACUUAAGGCCCGACAAUCUCAUCUACCCGAUAUUCAUCACAGACAGUGCAGAUGCCGUGGAGCCCAUUGGCAGCCUGCCGGGACAGGCCAGAUACGGGGUGAACAAGGUGGAGGCAAUGUUGCGGCCGCUUGUGGAGAACGGCUUGAAAUGUGUGCUGAUUUUUGGUGUGCCUGCAAAUAUAGAAAAGGACGACAGAGGUUCUGGCGCUGACGCAGACGACACGCCGGCCAUACUGGCGGUGAAGAAGAUCAGAUCUUUGUUCCCGGAGCUGCUGGUGGCGUGCGACGUCUGCUUGUGUCCCUACACAUCCCACGGACACUGUGGUAUCCUGAACGAUGACGGUACUCUAAACAAUGAUGCCAGUUGUCUGCGCCUGGCAGAAGUGGCUCUGGCCUACGCUCAAGCUGGCUGUCACAUCAUCGCUCCCUCUGACAUGAUGGAUGGAAGAGUCGGAGCCAUAAAACAUGCCCUGUUAUCUAAUGGUAUGGGGAACAAGGCUUCAGUGCUGAGCUACAGUGCAAAGUUUGCCUCUUGUUAUUACGGUCCGUACAGAGACGCCGCACAGUCCAAACCUGCGUUUGGAGACAGGCGAUGCUACCAGCUGCCCCCCGGAGCGAGAGGACUCGCCAUCCGGGCCGUGGAGCGAGACGUGAGGGAAGGAGCUGACAUGCUGAUGGUGAAACCAGGUCUGCCGUAUCUGGACAUCGUGAGAGAAGUCAAGGACAAGUUCCCAACUCACCCCCUGGCCGUGUACAACGUGUCGGGGGAGUUCGCCAUGAUGUGGCACGGAGCGCAGGCCGGAGCAUUCGACCUGCGGGCCGCUGUGAUGGAGGCCAUGACCGCCUUCCGCAGAGCAGGUGCUGACAUCAUCAUCACCUAUUUCACACCUCAGCUGCUCAGCUGGCUGAAGGAGUGAAGGAUGGCGAACACAGAGAUGGAUCCGCUUUGUGAUAAUUCAUUCAGACAUCAGUACGUGUAUCUGUUCAGCAAUAAUCAGUUUCUGUUUGAAGGGCUAAUAUGGAGCCUGACAUGAGAAUGUCAAUGUUUCCCAUCAGGGAAACGUCUCCUCUGUGUCAUUGGGCUCAGCGUUGAACAAACGCUGUCGCUCUCCUAGCUAAUGAGGUUAUGGGAUGUAUGUUUGUAUGAAUGGUGGGAACACAAAUGUCUGCUAUGAUGAUGUAUACGUUUCUGCCUCAGAUUGAGCACUGUCUUUUUGAACAGAGGGAAUAAAGUUACUCAUUCAGAGCUACAACAGCA